AUGACACCCAUCUCCGAGGACGACGCUAUCAGGUUGCCUCCCGAUUCCUUCAACGCUAGGCUCAUCAUAGACUAUCUGAACCACCAACUCCAUGUGCAUCACGCGAACACCCAGUUCAAGCGCAUCAACCAAUCUAGCUUCGAUUACUAUGUGCACAACAGUAUGUUCUGGUUCAUCGACUCGCUGCAUCAGGAAAACGUCACGGACUUGUACAGGUACUUGGGGUACUUGGCCAAGUACCUCAAGUAUCCCAAGUACCUCAAGUACCCCAAGUCCAAUGGACUUGGCCAAGUCGGGUGGGUCGACUUGGCCAAGUACCAGAAUAGCAGCCAUAUAUAG